ACACAGCAUCAGGCCGAUGAGCACAGACGCCUUCGCGAUGGCGAACAGCAUCUCCAUAGGUCACUACACGAAACCGGGGUGGCAGUCUACUACAGAACCGGGAUUCAUCACCUCGCUGAACCACAAUUCGAUGCAGCACGGCGACAAACCCUCUACACAGUGGCAGUAUACUACAGAGCCGGGGUUCGUCACAAGGGUGAAAAAGCCGAGUAGUUUUAAGCCUAAGAACAAGCCCACCAAGAAACCUGUGUCGAAUACGACAAAGUUUGCUACUAAAUCCACCAGGCCUACAACUACGAAAAGGCCGCCAGAAGCAAUAAAUCCCCUCGUAAACACCGAGAGCCCGAUAGAAAAAGUCUCCACAGCUCCCGGCUUGAUGCCCACAUCUACAUUUAGCAGCGCAGUUACAUCGUCUAGCAAGGGAAAAGUCGAUUGCGGAGUGCCGCAGAUGUUCACCCAGCCCCAGACGAGGAUAGUCGGCGGAAAAAACGCUCCGUUCGGACGCUGGCCCUGGCAGGUGUCAGUUAGAAGGACGUCAUUUUUUGGUUUCUCAAGCACUCACAGAUGUGGAGGAGCUAUUCUGAAUGAAAAUUGGAUUGCGACAGCCGGUCAUUGCGUCGAUGACCUUCUCACCUCCCAGAUCCGAAUCCGCGUUGGCGAAUACGACUUCUCCAGCAUACAAGAAGAGCUGCCCUAUGUCGAGCGAGCUGUGGCCAAGAAAGUAGUCCAUCCCAAAUACAACUUCUUCACGUACGAGUACGAUCUAGCCCUUGUGCAACUGGACAAGCCUCUGGACUUUGCACCCCACAUCUCCCCGAUCUGUUUGCCGGCUUCCGAUGAUCUCUUGAUAGGAGAAAAUGCGACCGUAACGGGAUGGGGAAGGUUAAGUGAAGGUGGAACAUUGCCAUCUGUACUGCAAGAGGUUCAAGUUCCCAUAGUGAGCAACGACCGAUGCAAGAGUAUGUUUUUACGAGCAGGAAGGCAUGAGUUCAUUCCUGAAAUCUUUCUCUGCGCUGGACACGAGGGUGGUGGUCAGGAUUCCUGCCAGGGAGACUCAGGAGGGCCCUUGCAGGUAAAGGGAAAGGACGGCCACUACUUCCUGGCCGGCAUCAUCUCCUGGGGCAUCGGCUGUGCCGAGGCGAACCUCCCCGGGGUAUGCACCAGGAUAUCAAAGUUUGUUCCUUGGAUUCUUAAGAACGUCACAUAA